ACGGUCCAUUAAACCUAGAGUUCAGAUUAAUUUGUAGGGACUAUAUUUCAAGCUUUUGAGAUUCUUUCGGCAGUAGUAGGAAUAGCCACGUUGCGGUGGCGAAGACAACCCGUCUAAGGCCGUCGUCAAUUUGAGAGCGACAUGUGUGACUGGUGGGUGGUGAUGAGCCAGAGGGACAGACGCAGGCCGGCUGAUAUUUGCCAUGUGUGUCGCCUUCUCAGUAUCUCUGUGCUUGUCAUUUGAGAAAUAGUUUUAGCGGUGGCUUUCGUAACAUAUUAAAACGCCCCAGAUUCUAACCUAGUCCAAACCCAAUGCUUUCAACCAAAUUACAGCCCCAAACUCAUUUUAACCACUGACCUUUGAAACUCAUUUGUAGCCCAAUAAUUUAGUGUAUUCGACCUUAGCCCAUUUAAAGAAACAGAAAGCAGUGGCUCUCCAUCACCAAAAACUCCAUCCCGUUUCUAUCCCUUUGCAACACCCAGUAAAACCAGAGAAGAAAUGGCGCUAACUCUCUCGAACCCAUUUCUCCAAAUCAAACCGUCUCUUCUUCCUUCCCUCGCCACUAGGAAGCAGGCUGUGACUGCAACGGGAAGGAGCUAUAGGCCACAAGUGACGUGUCGGAAGAAAGGCAUUCACCCGGAAUUCUACGAGGAUGCUAAGGUUUAUUGCAAUGGAGAAUUAGUGAUGACAACAGGUGGGACCCAGAAGGAGUACGUGGUGGAUGUUUGGUCGGGGAACCAUCCUUUUUACCUGGGAAACAGGUCGGCUGUUCUUGUGGAGGCUGACCAGGUCGAGAAGUUCCGUAGGAAGUAUGGGCAGUUGUCUGAGAUCAUGGAGAUCCCUGUGCUUAAGGGUGAGAUUGUUUUGCCCACUAAGGGAAAGUCAGCUGGUAAAGGCGGCAAGAAAAAGUAGAUUCAUUGAUAGUAACUGGGAUUGAUUUCCUUUUUUUAAUUCAAAAUUGUCAAUGAUUUGGUACCGAAAUGCUUGGUUUGUGUUUGAUAUUAUGCUUGAUUAUGAAUGUGGUUGGACUUGGCUAACAACAGGGUACCAAAAUUGGCACUUUAGUCUUUUGAAAAUUUAUGAAUUUGGUCAUGUUAAUUAUUCUGAUUGUUAGGUUUAGGCACAUGACAGUAGCACUGGAACUUCUGAUAAAACUAAAUAUUCUUUUUUGGUUGAAUUGAAUCUCUAUUAUCAAAUCAUUUGGCUUUUCUUUUCUCACUUGAAUUUUUGUUGGCUUCAUCCUAACCUAAAAGCUAAGUUUUUAGGUUCCGAAUCAGCUUCAACAGGUAUUGUGGAUGAGUUCUAGGUUUUGCACUCGUAUAAAAGAAAAGUACAAGAAAGGAAAACUAAGGCAGAUGAUGAAUAAUGGGGGCUGUAAGGAUAUGCUUUAUAGUCAUAAUAGAAAAGGUCAGUGAACUGUGAGCCAAAUUCACCCCAAAUUGAAAGCAGUCAUUUACUUAGUGUUUUAUGAAUUUCAUUCACAUCCACAAACCUUUAGCACCUGUUCACAAUGGAGCUAGCUUUAGUAUCUUCUCAUUCUUUGAGUUUCUUAUUUCUAGAAGCUCAUUGCUUUCCUAUAUAACUCCACGUAAAUGCUUGGAAAUUCAUAUUAGUAAUUUAUAUUCAACCUUGCUUGUGUUUUUGGUGAUUAUAUUUUUUCAAGCUAAGGAAAACAAACUUGCAAGUU